GACCUUUCGCAUUUCUCUGAAGCAGAGAACACAACGUCCAAAGGUCUCCGGAGAGUCCGAGGCAAUAACGUGCCGUUGUCGAAUCAGAAUGGCCGUGUCCACGUGUCCUAGGGUUUUUCCCUCCUUCGAGUGUCGCUCGGAACCCGACUUCUCCGGCGCGCCGAAUAUCGGACGAGGGGAUAAGAAGCCGACCCACGGCAGGCUCUACUCGGCGCGCGGAACGGUAUCGUUCCACGGCGGCCUCUCCUCCCUGAUCUUCCGCUUCCCUCCAAACUUCGUACGCCAGCUUAGUACCAAGGCCCGCCGGAACUGCAGCAACAUCGGCGUCGCCCAGAUCGUCGCGGCCUCGUGGUCCAACAACCCCGCUUCACCGUCUGCGGCUGCGGCUGCGGCCGCAGCAUCGGCCACUCCAGCCUCCGCCGAGCCGAUCGCGUCUCUGGUCGAUCCUGCAGCCGAGGAUGACAUGACGUUGGUGGAGAAGGAAGUGGGUCGUAGCGUUGGCGUUGAGGGUUUGCCCAAAUCCAAGCCCUCCGUUUUUAGCUACGAUGGGAGCCUCGCUAUUCAUGCUGGCGAGAGAUCUGGACGCGGUAUAGUGACCGAUGCAAUUACCACACCGGUGGUUAAUACUUCUGCCUACUUCUUUGACAAUACUGCUCAGCUCAUUGAUUUCAAGGAGAAACGCCGGGCAAGUUUUGAGUAUGGGCGGUAUGGAAAUCCAACAACAGUGGUUGCAGAGGAAAAGAUAAGUGCACUUGAGGGGGCUGAAUCAACCCUUAUAAUGGCAUCUGGAAUGUGUGCUAGCACAGUCUUGUUGUUGGCAUUGGUUCCAGCUGGUGGGCAUCUUGUGACGACAACUGAUUGCUAUAGGAAGACUAGGAUAUUCAUCGAGACUAUUCUUCCGAGAAUGGGAAUCAAGGCUACUGUUAUUGACCCAGCAGAUGUAGGAGCCUUGGAAUCUGCGCUGAAUGAGAACACUGUUUCUCUUUUCUUCACAGAGUCUCCUACCAAUCCAUUCCUCAGAUGUGUUGACAUCAAGCAUGUUUCGGAACUUUGCCACCAGAAAGGAGCAUUGGUCUGCAUAGAUGGCACCUUUGCAACACCUCUCAACCAGAAGGCCCUUGCCCUUGGGGCUGAUCUUGUUCUGCAUUCUGCUACAAAAUACCUUGGGGGCCACAAUGAUGUCCUUGCUGGUUGCAUUAGUGGUUCCAUGAAGUUGGUCUCAGAAGUCCGUAAUUUGCAUCAUAUUUUGGGUGGUGCUCUCAACCCAAAUGCUGCGUACCUUAUCAUCCGAGGUAUGAAGACACUGCAUCUUCGUGUACAGCAGCAGAAUUCAACAGCGUUGGGGAUGGCCGAAAUUUUAGAGGCACAUCCUAAGGUGAAGCGUGUGUAUUAUCCGGGCUUGCAAAGUCAUCCUGAAUAUGACCUUGCCAAGCGUCAGAUGACUGGUUUUGGUGGUGUGGUCAGUUUUGAGGUUGACGGAGACCUACAAACUACCAUAAAAUUUGUUGAUUCACUAAGAAUCCCAUACAUUGCCCCAUCCUUUGGUGGCUGUGAAAGCAUUGUGGAUCAGCCAGCAAUUAUGUCUUACUGGGAUUUACCUCAGUCAGAAAGGCUCAAGUAUGGGAUUAAGGAUAACCUGGUUCGAUUUAGCUUCGGAGUCGAACACUUUGAAGAUUUGAAGGCUGAUAUACUUCAGGCCCUGGAAACCAUUUAGGCUUGAACAUAUCCCCGAUCUUGUGGAGCGUAAACCUGUUGUGUCCUUUUAUUUUAACCGGGCCUUUUUCUUUUCUAUUAUUUUUCCGGGUUCUACUUUUUUGGGCGUUUCAAUAGAUUUUGAUCAUUAAUUGGUCCGUUCUGCUCGUUAAAAUGAUCUAAUGAAUGACUUUAAAUUU